CUUGAAAAUCGCGGGAAGUCUAUGCCGCAUGCGCAUACAGUUAUUCGUUGCAGAUGUGCUUUGACUCUGGGCCUGCAGCUAUCAUAAGGGGAUCGCGCCGGUCCUGUGUGGCAGCAGUUGCCGGACUACAUGGGUCCCUGGGGUUGUGCUACGAUGUAUCUGUUUGUGAUCACUGUGGUUAGCGGCAAAUAAUGGCGGAGAGUUCUUCUAAAGCUCCGUGCUAUUGCACAAAAUGCGAGGGUACUGCUCCACCUAUCAGUGAAUCAGCCCGUCGUCGCCACGUAAAGACAGACAUAGAAGAAAUUGUGGCACGUCAGUCAGCAGGGUACAAGCCAACAAUAUCGCUUUUUCUAGAGGACGAGGCGGACGGUAGGAACGCACCUUUGAUCCUGAUCAACAACGGCUCCUCUAACAAGUGGACUGAGAUUAGAUUUACUACUGAUGUUCUAAAGCUAAAGGCAGACAAUCCGGGUGUGUCCCAAAAAUGUAUCUCAGAAAUCCUGUCACUCUUCAAGCAGGUGCUGGACGAUUAUGGUAUACCAAAUAACGUUCCUGGAUCGUACGAGGAAGCAACUUGUAAGAUUAAUGACAUGCUCCCGACGUCUAACAGUUAUCACGCGUGCAUCAACGAUUGUAUUGUCUACCACGACGACUACGAAAAUGCUGACAAAUGUCCAGAGUGUAAAGAAAGUAGGUACGACGCAAGAGGGAAGCCCAAAAAGGAAUAUCAUCAUUUUCCGCUCCUGGACACAUUGAGGAACUUGUAUGGCGUGCCUGAGAUCGCACGCCUACUACAAGCGCACGGCGCGACAAUACAAGAGGAAUCGCCAACUCACAUUCGGGACAUUCAGGAGACGCCACAAUGGAAAAAACUGUACGACGUAAACGGCUUUUUCAAGGGUGAACCUAGGUGUAUUUCAUUGGGGUACUCUACUGAUGGCGGGGAACCCUUCCAGCAUCUGGGCAUCUCCCAUUCUGUCUGGCCGCUGACGUUGAAGAUUUUCAACUUCCCACCAGAGAUCCGGGAGAAGACUGGGCUACAUUUCCUUUCAGGCAUCAUUCCAGGUCCCAAAGCCCCCCAAAACAUGAAUGCGUACCACCAGUUUCUGGUGAAUGACAUUCUAAGUCUGGAGGGCGAGCUGGUCUGGGACUCCUUCCAUGGGGAGUUCUUCCCUAUCAAGGCAGACAUCCAGGCCUACACAAUGGAUUGGCCGGCAAGGUGCAAGGUGACGAAUCACCAAGGGGCCUUGGCACAAUCUGCAUGCCACUACUGCCAUAUCGAAUCCAAGAACUGGCCUGGGUACCAUGUGACUACCUUUGGGGGAAGUAGAAGGUACUUACCCCCAGACCAUGACCAUCGGCGUGAUUCCGAAAUGUUUCCUGAGAAGGCUGAGGAUCACCGACCACCACCAAGUGCCAAGACAGGCCAACUAGAGCACGGGGAAUCCAUGGAUUACCUCAACUCACAAAUCUCCCAAAAGAACAGGGAAGGAUCAACUCAGAACUUACGGCUCUUCCAAGUUGCCAGAAAGAACAUCACAAAGGCCACUGGUAAAACCGGCAAAGAGGCAUUCAGUGCCAUCCCCACGUAUGGCAUUGAUCGUGUCAUUAUCGACCUGAUGCACACUGUCAAGAAUAUCACCAACAAUGUCUUCGAAAUACUUACCGGCUCGAAGCACAAUUUCAGCACAGUGGUUGUGAGAUGGAAAAAGAACUUGGGCGCUUCUCUAGCAGGGUACAAGAGUAUGCCUCUCAACCAACCGGACAAGGGAGGAGGAGAGUCAGUGAGGAAGUCCAGGCCUUCCAGCUUACCCGACAGGAAAUGGAGGAGGCAGACGAACGACUCUUGUCAGUGAAGGUCCCAGUGGGCUAUGACAUUAAGAUCAGAACACUUUUCAAGAGGCGAUUGGGCAUGAAGUCCAUAGAAUGGAUUAAGCUCUACACUGAUGGCAUUCUCAAGUUCUCGGUGAGGGAUAUGCUCCCUCAACCGCAACGAGCAACACUCUUCCGUCUGUGCGACACCUUGGCGGCACUUUGCAGUCCGGUUAUUGAAGUAGCCGGUUUUAAU